UUGUCCAUUUUCGACUGAAAACAGCCGCUAUCCUCAACAACUUGAAGCUCCAGCAUCCUUAUACGGAUCUCGUUCAAUCUCUUCUCUGUUAUUAAAAUCACAAGAAAAUCGAAACCAAAGGCGGAACUUUUGUUUUUUUCUGAGAUAAACAUUACAAAUUUCUUCUGCAUUUUUUGAUACAAAAACAAAGAAAAGAAAUGGAAGAUACCAAGAACCCACCACCACAACAAAUGGAAGAUAAAGAAAAAAGAGAAUCUCCAGAAAAAGAAGAAGAACCCAAGAAGGAGGAGCAACAAUCAGCAUCAACUACGACAGCAAAAAGUGGAGGAGGAUGGGGCGGUUGGGGUUUCUCUGCUUUCUCUGUUCUCUCGGAUCUUCAAAAAGCUGCCACUGUUGCCGCUGAGGAGAUCAGUCGCAAUGCUUCUGUGGUUGCGGAAAAGGCUGCCAAGAGCCUUGCAGAUAUGCAACUUGCUGAAGACUCAGAAUCUUCUAAGGAGGAAGAAGCAGAAGAAUCUCUAAUUGAAAAGGAAAGUGAAGAUGAAAAUGGCAAACUACGAAAGUCUGCUCUGGAUAAGUUAGAGAAAGCCAGUUCAGAUUCUUUCCUUGGCCAGGGUUUGAAGGUUUUUGACAACUCUGUGGAGAAUUUGGCAUCUGGUGCAUGGCAAGCACUAGGGAGUGCAUGGAAAGGGGGUACCAAUCUUGUUCAGAAGCUUGAGCAUUCUGCUGCAAACAUUGCAGAUUCUAUUCAGCAUGGAGGUUUACCCACUGGUUCAGCUGCACCAUCAUUAAUUGAGACUGGAAAAGCUUUUACAACAAAGGGAAUGCAAGUGCUUGAAUAUGUGGGAAAGGAGACUAUGGAUUUACUAAUCACUGAAACUGGUAUCGAAGUUGAAAAGAACCCUAAGGGCACUGAACAGCCAUCUGAUGAGGAUCAGUUAUUUGAGGAAGUCAGUUUUGAUCGAUGCUUCUAUAUAUAUGGAGGUCCAGAGCAGUUGGAGGAACUGGAAGCAUUGUCCAGCCAUUAUGCCCUUCUAUUCAAUCGAAGAAAAGCAAAGUUACCGUCGGAACUGAAAUCUGUGUAUGAGGGAAAGCUUAAACAAAUCCAGCAAAUUUUCAGUUUGGAUGCUGAAAUGGAGGGAAAUGGUCCAGAGUUGGCCAAAGGAAAGAAAAUAGAGACUGGAACUGAGGGCAGUCAGGAUGAGAUGAAAAAUUUACAUGAUUCAAGUGUCAGCAAGGCUGCUGAUAUGGCUGCCGGGUUCACAAAUGCAUUGGCAGGAUUAGCUGUUGAUGAUAUAAUUCAAAGAACUGCUGGAAGGCUAGAGUCUCUGCACUCAGAGGGGGUUCAUAGGCUUUCGGAAAUGUGCUGUUUUGCUGUGUCUCAGCUCCUGAUGCUGGGUAAAUCUAUCAUAUCUAGUGCUAACAAAGUUCAAGAUGAAGAUGCUGAUGGCGAUAUGCUGAAUAUCGACUGGCCUGAGGACUCCAUUGAAAAAGCUAAAUUAAUCAGAGUAAAGGCACAAUCAAUGAUAGGAUAUGUGGAAGCUGUAUCCAGCAGCUUUAUCACAGGCAUAUCUGAUGUAGCUGAAGCUUAUCUAGCGGCCAUUAAGAGUGCUACUGUAGAUUCGCAUGAAGCACUUCCACAGGCAUCAAUCCAGGAGAAAGCUAAUGCCUUCUCCGAACAUCUCCACGGUGAUCAGACCACUGCGGCGAGCAAAAUCAAGGAUGGACUCCAAUAUUUGACUUAUGUAGUCCUUUCAACCACAAUGCCAGCUGCUUGAAAACUCGAAUUCUCUACAUGUCUUGUUAGUUUCCAUGUAAAUAGUUGCAUUUUAGACGAGUUUAACCCCCAGUCUCUCUUUAAACUUUUUAUGCUACACCAUUGAAACUGAGCUCAUUUUUAUUCAGGGGUUAAGGCAGUUUCUUUUGUGUAGAUUUCUUGGUGUUAAACCGUCUAUUUCCACAUGAAGGAUCAAAAGAAAUUCAAAUACCAUAUUCUUUCUACGGA